CACGUGAAAGUGACGAUGGGGAGAACGCCGGUGGUUACCUGGCUAUCUAUACUUCCGCCAUUGAAACGAGCGAAAGCGACACGUUUCCUUCCUCUAAAGGCUUAAAAUCUCCUCCCCUCGAAUUGAAACUUCACUCCCUCUCUGUCUACCAAUGGCGUGGUUAAUCACUCUAACGAUGGUGCUCUGCACCUGCCAUGCCGCCGCCGACGCGGCGGAGAAUCGUCCGAGUCAGGUGGGUUUGAGUUCGCUCACUGACGAGCUGCUGCAGAUGGCAAGAGAGCCGGAGUUCUUGAGAUGGCUGAGAAGCGUCCGGAGGAGGAUCCACGAGGAUCCGGAGCUGGCUUUCCACGAAUUCAACACGAGUCGGCUGGUGAGAUCGGAGCUCGACUCGCUCGGGAUUCAGUACACGUGGCCGGUGGCGGAGACCGGGGUCGUUGGUUCGGUCGGGUCAGGGUCGCAACCGUGGUUCGGUCUGCGAGCGGACAUGGACGCGCUGCCCAUUCAGGAAUUGGUGGAGUGGGAACACAAGAGCAAGAACAAGGGCAAGAUGCAUGCUUGUGGUCACGACGCCCAUGUCACAAUGCUACUCGGCGCUGCCAAGCUGCUUCAACUCAAACAGGCCGACCUAAAGGGCACUGUGAAACUGGUCUUCCAACCAGCAGAAGAAGGUGGCGCUGGCGCAUACCACAUGCUCCAAACCGGUGCUCUCGACAACAUCCAAGCCAUGUUCGGCCUACACGUGUACCCCGAUCUUCCCGUCGGCUCAAUCGGAUCCCGGCCAGGAACACUCCUCGCCGGAGCCGGAAGGUUCAUGGCCUCCAUCAGAGGGACCGGUGGACACGCCGCCAGGCCACAGGAUACAAGAGACCCGGUUCUUGCUGCUGCCUUCGUCAUCCUCGCUCUCCAGCAAAUCAUCUCCCGAGAAACCGAUCCUCUUCAAGCUGGGGUGAUCUCAGUAGGGUUCGUGGAGGGCGGACGAGCAGAGAACGUGAUCCCGGAGACGGUGAGACUGGGAGGCACGUUCCGUAGCGCGACCACCGAAGGGCUAGAUGACCUCCGGCAGCGGAUCAGAGAUGUAGUGGAGCGACAAGCGGCGGUUCACCGGUGCAGUGGCUCGGUUGACUUCAUGACGGACACCGGGAGGCCUUACCCUGCCACCGUGAACCAUCGAGAAAUGUACGAUCACGCCAAGUACGUUGGAGAAGCGCUGCUUGGAGAAUCAAACGUGAAGGUGAUUCCGCCGAUCAUGGCGGCAGAGGAUUUCAGCUUCUAUUCUCAGAAGAUGAAUGCGGCCUUUUUUAUGAUUGGCGCUAGGAGAAGGGAGGCGUGCGGCGAUGGAGCGGUGGAGCCGUUGCAUUCGCCACGACUCGUCAUCGACGAGGAUGUGCUCCCCGUCGGAGCUGCUCUCCAUGCUGCGGUCGCCAUUUCGUACUUGGACGCUGGUGGUGGUGUUGCUGUUGCUGCGGAAUGAAGAGAAAGUGGAUGCUGAUAGAUGUUAUCGACUUGUCGUAGUAGAGAGAUUCUGCAGGUAUAGAAAAUGGAGUGAGUUGGAACAGUGGCGGACCCAGAAAUUUUAUAUAGGGGUGUCCUCUUUUAAAAAAUAAAUUAAAUACAAAUAAUUCUAAAAUAAUUAAUAAAUAAUAAAUAAUAUUUAAAUAA